AUGUUGAGGCUCAACUUGAAUGGCUGGUUCUGCUACUUGCUCGAAUAUGCCUAUUCGCUUCCAGAGCCUCCCAAGCGCGAACGAGUGAAGCCCAUGGAAGUCCUCUGCGUGGGGCUGCCGCGAUCCGGAACAGAGUCACUCCAGCACGCCUUGCUGAAGCUGGGCUACGACCACACCCUCCAUGGAUGGGACAUCAUCAUGGAAGAUCCGAACUACUGUCAGCAAUACGUUCGUCUGAGCCGCAAGAAGUGGUUCGGCCCCUUGAACGGCGAAAACAGCAUCACUGCCGCCGAUUUCGAUGCUCUACUAGGCCACUCCGUGGCUGUCACCGACACCGCAGGGUCAGUGUUUGCAGCCGAGCUGAUCGAUGCUUAUCCGGACGCAAAGGUCAUCCUGAACUACCGCGAGGACAUCGAUGCCUGGCACCGCAGCGUCACCAACACGCUCGCUCGCGCUGAUUCUCAUUGGCCGCUAUGGGCUCUAUCGUGCCUCGGCCGUGAGUGCUUCUGGGCCUGGCACUCACAUAUACGAUUCAUGUAUCCGGGCUUGUUUCGAGCCCUGGAUGGCAACAUCAAAACUGGUAUUGCUAGAAACGGGAAAUGGGUAUAUCGCGACCAUUGCAAUAUGAUUCGUGGACUGGUGCCUAAGGAUCGACUGCUGGAAUGGACGGUGGAAGAUGGGUGGGAACCUCUGUGCGAGUUCCUUGGGAAGCCUGUCCCCGAGAAUGAACCCUUUCCGUUCACCAACUCGGCGGCUGGAUGGGGCGGUCAGGAGUCCAAGGUGGCCAAGAGGUUCUUAUUCGGUGCCGUACGCGGACUGCUCUUCCUUGGAGCUGUGGUGAUGGUAGUUGUAGCCAUUGUGUACAAACUACAAUGA